AUCCAACCACUUGCCACACAGACACUUCUUGACCAGUCGGUCAACCCACCAACCAACCACGCAAAGCAAGCCAGCAAGCAAGGGGCACACAAGACAAUGUCGGACCAGCCACAUGAUGGACAUGAGCAGCAACAAGAGGGGCGGCCUGGUGGUCGACCGCGUCCCACGCUGCCGACCUUCUCGUCACCGCCAAGACGGACAACAGCUGCUGCAACAGCACAGCAGAUGCCCACAGCAGCACCCAUCUACUUGCCACCAUCGUCAACCUCUGCAGUGCCAGUGUCAUCACCGCCAUCAUCAUCAAUUGCAGGCGCAGAAGGAACAGCCACAACAGCAGUGGCGGCGGCGACGAGGGCAAGGCUGUCCAUGAUGGACAGUGCCGUCCCUUACGGCGCCUAUCAACAGCAGCACCAGCAGCACCAGCAGCAACAGCAUCCUGCAGAUGAGAUGAGCCGUGCAGACCUCGCUGCAAUGAUGUAUGCUGCCUCUUCAUCUGCGCCAUCAUCGUCGUCCUCCGUGCUCGCUGGUGGUGCGGUGAACGUCGGCGGCUCCUCCCAACUGCCAGUCUUGUACCCAGGCAUGCAAUCACAGCACCCCCAGUACAACCAGCGCAUGCAAGCAGAUGGCACCGCUGUGUCGCAGCCAACAGCUGCGGAUAUGCAAGCAGCCUUGCUGACAGCGCUGUCAGGAGGCCAGGCCACGUCCGUCCCAUCUUCCGUGCCGCCGCAGCCCCAACUUGAACAACACGGCGGCGUCACCAGCAUCCCUGCCGCCACUGCAGACAGCUAUACUACGGCCAUCAGCCUCGCCAGCCCAACGCGGCUGCAACAGAACAUGCUUGCGCAGCAGACGUCGCCAGCCACAUCUGGCCACACCGUCUACCUGCAGAGCCCAGGCACAUCUACAUACGUCACAAGCCCGCAAUCACGUGCUGCUGCUGCUGCUGUGCACACGCCAAACUCCUCCAGCCCUUCGUCCCAACAUCUGCUGUUUCAACAGGUGAUGCAUAACGGCAUGAGAAGGGCUUGCCUGAGCCAGCUGUAUAAGCCCGCACAGCCUGCACAGUCUUCGCCACCACCGUCAUCGACACAACAGCAGCAGCAACAACAACAACAGGUGCAGCAACAACAGCAGCCGCAACAACAACAGCAGCAGCAGCAGCAGCCACAGAUGCCGCAGCAACAACAGCAGAUACCGCAACCCUACUCUGGCAAUGGAACUCCACGGGCAAAGCGUGCGCUGCUGUCCGAUCAAACCAGUGCCACUGCGAGUCCCACCACUGCCGGCGUCACGCCCGUCGGCCGCCCUCCACUGCGCUCGUGUAACUGUGGCAAGUCGCGGUGCUUGAAGCUGUACUGCGAGUGCUACGCCGCCGGCACGUACUGCGGUCCCCAAUGCAAGUGCACCAACUGCCAGAACAACCUCGAGAACGAGGGUCGACGACAGCUUGCGGUGCUGUCGACUCUCGACAAGAACCCAGACGCCUUCCGCCCAAAGAUUAAGCAGGAGACCACGACGAACCGGAAAGCAAACCACCUCCGCGGGUGCAAGUGCACAAAGUCCAAGUGUCUGCAGCGCUAUUGCGAGUGCUUUCAGGCCGGUGUGCCCUGCACCAACAACUGCAAGUGCAAGAACUGCUGCAAUCGUCCAAACAGCGACGCUUUCCAGCUCGCACAGUCCCAGCGCGCCUCUGCAGACUCUGCGCAGCGGCUUGGCGACACGACUGCGGUCUCCACGCGCGGCAGUCAGGCCCUACACGCCUUUUCCCAGCAGCGCUUCUCCGAGAUUUGCCAGGACCUCAUCCACGUCGCAGAGGAAUCGUCGGAUCCGCAACGCGCCGUUCUAUCGUGA